AAGAACCUGAACUUUCUGGGGUUGGGUUUGAAUAAAUUAACUGGUACGAUUCCUCCAGCAAUCCUUAACCUAUCAUCUCUCGUGUCCUUGUCUCUACCAUACAAUCAGUUAGAAGGAACUCUGCCUGAUGACCUGGGUUUUACUCUUCCCAACUUGCAAGUGCUGAAUCUUGGUCAUAAUUUGCUGACGGGGCUACUCCCAACUUCAUUGUCCAAUGCUUCAAAUCUUGUUGAACUUGACAUUACUGGGAGUUAUUUUAAUGGUAAAAUUUCAAUUGAUUUUGGAGGGUUGCCUAAUCUUUGGUGGUUGAUUCUUGCUUCCAAUCCCCUUGGGAUAGCGGAAUCUGAUGAUUUAAAGUUCUUUGAUUCCCUGACGAAAUGCAGGAACUUAAAAGUGCUUGAUUUGAGUGAUUGCCAGUUUGGAGGAACAUUACCUUAUUCAGUAGCAAAUUUAUCGACAAAUCUUUUGACAUUUAGAUUGGGAGGUAAUGAAUUAUCAGGCAGUAUCAAUGUAGGAAUUGAGAACCUGGUUAACCUGACUGAAUUGCAACUGCAAACGAAUAAAUUCGCAGGUGGUGUUCCUGCAGUUCUAGGGAAUCUCUCAGAGCUUCGGUUGCUAGAUUUGUCAGAAAACGAGCUUUCAGGUUCCAUUCCACCAUCUCUGUCUAAGCCAAGUAAUUUAUAUAUGCUCCGUCUCAAUAAGAAUAACUUGAAUGGAACUAUUCCUCUUAGUUUUGGCAAUUUCCAAUACUUGCAAGAUUUGGACCUGUCCCAGAAUAACCUCAGCGGUCCUAUACCAAAAAAUCUUAUGAAGCUGUCAUCUCUAACUGUUUCCUUGAAUCUAGCUGAUAACCAAUUAUCUGGUUCUCUACCUUCUGAGGUGGGACAACUGAAAAACCUCGGAUACCUGGAUGUUUCUGGAAACAGGUUGUCCGGUGAAAUUCCUGUCAGCCUAGGCAGUUGUGUGACUUUGGGGCGUCUUGAUAUGGCAGGAAACUCUUUCCAGGGUCCUAUUCCUUCAUCAUUCAGUUCUCUGAGGGGUCUAGAGUACUUGAAUCUUUCACAAAACAACUUAUCUGGACGAAUUCCAGGUUUUCUCCAAAGGUUCUCCUUGAAGAACUUGAAUUUGUCUUUCAAUCAGCUCGAGGGCCAGUUACCAAGUGAUGGAAUUUUCAGUAAUGCAUCUGCAUUCUCUGUUACUGGCAAUAAUAAGCUUUGUGGGGGUAUACCAGAGCUGAAACUCGCCAUAUGCCCAAAGAAUGAGUUAGAGAAACAAAAAUCUCAUCAUCUUGAGCUUAAGCUUAUGAUCCCCCUACUUUCUGGGCUUGUGGCACUGGUUUUGAUAGUUUCUCUUCUCAUAAUAUGCCGUCUGAGAAAACGGCAUACGGCGCCCCUUGUAUCGUCUCCAUCAGAAAUAAGAUUGUUUUCAAAGGUCACUUAUGAUUCUCUACACAAAGCAACAGACGGCUUUUCUUCAGCUAAUUUCGUUGGUGCUGGUGGCUUCGCAUCCGUGUACAAAGGAACACUGGAAUCAGGUCGAAAGAUUGUUGCUGUGAAGGUGUUCAAUGUCCAGAGUCGAGGGAACAUCAAGAGCUUCUUGGCAGAAUGCAGAACCUUAAGAAACAUCCGGCACCGGAAUCUAGUCAGGAUCCACACUGCCUGCUCGACGAUUGAUUAUUCAGGGAAAGAAUUUAAAGCAUUGGUUUACGAGUUCAUGCCGAAUGGCAGCCUGGAGAGGUGGCUCCAUGGUGACUUGAAAGAGCAGAACUCAAACGAGGAGCUGAGUGGUUUAGGUCUAAGUCUUGCACAAAGGGUGAGCAUCGCCAUAGAUGUGGCGUCUGCACUAGACUAUCUUCAUCAUCAUUGCCCAAGAACAAUUGUUCACUGUGAUCUGAAGCCAAGUAACAUUCUUCUGGACGAUCAGAUGGUUGCCCAUGUGGGAGAUUUUGGCCUCUCAAAGUUCAUUCCUGAAGUCUUGAGCACAUCCCAACCGCACAGCAGCUCGGUCGGAAUAAGGGGAACCAUUGGUUACGCCCCACCAGAGUAUGGCAUGGGAAGCAACUAUUCACCAGAAGGGGACAUAUAUAGUUAUGGGAUUCUUUUACUGGAGAUGUUCACCGGUAAGAGGCCUACCGAUAGUGGGUUUGAGGACGGAGUCAACCUCCACAAUUUCGUUAAAAUGGCAUUGCCAGAAAGAGUAGUUGGAGAGAUUUUAGACCCGGUGAUAGGUUUAAAGGGUGGAAUGGGCGAAGAGGAUAGUUUGAUGUCCAUUAUGAGAAUUGGAGUGGCUUGUUCCAUGGAAUCGCCUAAGGAACGGAUGAAUAUUGCAGAUGUUAUCAAGGAAUUGGAAUCGAUUAGACGCAAUUUGCCCGCAUUAUCCAGAAAUCAAUGCUCAACAAGUGAGUAAAACGUCCAAGGAAUUGUUGAGCACGCUCCUUUUAAUACCAAUACUUGUUAUUUUCUUGAAAAAUAUUAAAAGCAUAUGAUGUUGAAAAAUUUUAAAUAAUUACAGUCCUUUUGUUGAUAUGAAUUCGGAUACGUCUCUCAUUUUAGCUAUUUGGUUGUAAUAAGUUUUUUGAACCCAUCUAUAUCUCAUGCUUAAUUUCAAUUUUCUGAAUGAUUUUUGUGGCAUUUAAUUCCCUUUUCAGUUUUCAUCCGACCAAAGUUAAGGGCCCAUCAGCCCAACACAUACAGUAAGUAGCC